AGGAUCAAUAGUUAACAAUUAGGUUAGCUAACCACUCGGUUAAAUUUUAACAUCUUGGUUAAAGCACCGAUUAGGUUAAAUAUUAUCCCAGAAUUCCAAGCGUUAGUACUUCCGUCACUGUGUCGUAUCGAAUAAUGGCCGAAACAGCGUCGAUGACUGAGGAAACUCCAAGGAAAAUAAGAAAGAAAAGAAACAGGAAUUCUACUGUGGAUGAAGAAAAUAUCAUCCAGUCAAUGGUGGAGAGUAAUUCACAAGUACCUCAUGAAAAACUGAGCAGUGAAGUUACCAAUAAGAAGAAGUCUGCUAUUUGGAUGGCUAUCACCAAGACAGUCAACAUGAAGGGCGUAGCGCUUCGAUCUGUUGAUGAGGUGAAGGAGAAAUGGAGCAACAUGACAAGAAAGGCCAAGAAAACCUUCACGGACUACAGGCUGCAACAGAGGAAGACCGGAGGGGGACCCCCACCAUCCGAACCGAGUCAGGCUACUUCUCGAAUUAUUGAGAUAAUGCAAGAUUCAGCAAGUUUCAGCGGGAUAUCAGGGGGCUUAGAAUCGGAAAUUCUUCCAAGUAAGUGCUUUCAUAGUAACAUAUUUUAUAAAAGCUGUCAAUCUGUGCUGAAAUAAGGGUAUAUCUAUGGAAUUGU